CUCCUCGAAGCCCAAGACCUUUUUUCACGCGCUCACACUGUCUUUCAUUCGUGUUUCCCCAUUCAAAAGCUUUUUUUCUGAUUCCUGCCCUCACAUUACUUAUUAGAUUCUUAGGGUUCUUCUUACCCGUUUGUUUGUUUGAUUUUGAAGGGCAAACCAAUUCAGUUGAUAUCAUGUUGAAAAUCUUCAAGAAGAAAGAAUCUCCGAAAGAUGCUUUGCGGUCGAGCAAAAGAGAAAUGGUGGUUGCAACUCGUGGCGUCGAACGGGAGAUUGCCUCUCUUCAACUGGAGGAAAAGAAAUUGGUGGCAGAGAUCAAGAAGACUGCCAAAACCGGAAACGAGGCUGCUACUCGAAUUUUAGCUCGCCAACUUGUAAGGCUGCGUCAACAGAUAACUAAUUUGCAGGGGAGUCGUGCCCAAAUCAGAGGCGUCGCAACUCAUACGCAGGCACUAUAUGCCAGUACCUCAAUAUCUACAGGAAUGAAAGGAGCAACUAAGGCAAUGGUGGCAAUGAACAAGCAAAUGGCUCCUGCGAAGCAAGCCAAAGUAAUAAAAGAAUUUCAAAAGCAGUCGUCACAAAUGGAUAUGACGAUUGAGAUGAUGUCGGAAGCUAUUGACGAAACUUUGGAUAAAGACGAGGCCGAAGAGGAAACAGAGGAGCUCACCAAUCAGGUGCUUGAUGAGAUCGGUGUGGAUAUUGCUUCUCAGUUAUCUUCAGCUCCAAAGGGUCGGAUUGCUUCAAAGAAUGCUACUCCCACAGCCGCGGUUAAUGCCAGCAGGGUCGAGCCUACUGAUGUUGAUGAUCUCGAGAAGAGAUUGGCCAGUUUACGACGACUUUUUACGCGUAUCUCAUCGUAUUUGGAACAUCACACCUUACAAUUUUUUCUCUUAACAGCAUUCUCUUCAUCAUCGUCAUCAUCUUCUUCUUCUUCUUCAAAUCCACGUUCCCUUCGAGGAACUUUGGUUGUUAAUUCAAUUGAUUCUGGAAGAAUUCGAAUCGGUUCUUUGUUGAAGGAGGUGAAAUCGGAUAUGCAGAACCAGCUUGUUUGCAGCGGGUGUAGGAGCAUUCUUCUAUAUCCCAGAGGAGCUACAAAUGUUUGCUGUGCAAUAUGCAAUACGAUUACUCAAGUUCCUCCCCCUGGAAUGGAAACAACUCAACUCAUAUGUGGAGGCUGCCGAACAUUGCUGAUGUAUGCACGUGGAGGAACAAGUGUAAGAUGUUCUUGCUGUCACACCAUUAACCUUGCACCAGCAUCAAACCAGAUUGCUCAUAUCAAUUGUGGGCACUGCCGGACAACAUUAAUGUAUCCAUAUGGAGCUCCAUCUGUCAAAUGUGCUGUCUGUCAAUAUGUUACCAAUGUUGGCAUGGGCAAUGCGAGGGUUCCGUUUUCCGGUAACCGACCUAAUCAAAUAGCUUCCUCUGGGACUAUGCCACCUACUUCAUCUAGCCAAACAGUUGUGGUUGAGAAUCCCAUGUCAGUUGACGAGAGUGGAAAUUGGUGAGCAACGUUGUGGUUGGCGUGACAGCAGAAAGAAAAUGAUUUGAUGAGAAUUUCGAGUUCGAUUACCCCAUUUAUUUGAGUCGAAUGCGCACAAACAUUUGUUUUGAUUGCCUGGAAAUUAGUUGUGUAUGAUGUAGUAUACGUAUAGAUGUUGAAAAUGGAAGGGCAGUUAACAUUUAAUUUAGGCAAGUAUGAGGUAGGGGAAAUGUGUAAUGUAUAUUGUGUGCAUGAGGAGACCGUGAUGUUGAAUAACCGGAUUGGAAUUCGGCCAUCCUGUCCGGUUUGGUAAUCCAUGGGAGUGUCAUUUACAGUGGAUUUUUGAAAGUGACAGUGUGUGGUAAUUCACUGUUUGAAUUCA